AGCGUCACUGUUCUUGGUUCGAGGUGUUGUGAAGAGGGUACAACAGAACCCACGAAAGUAAUAAGGGUUUUAUUAUCUCUGAAGAAUGUUUCGAGCUUCGAAUCAAGUUCUGCUUCGCAAGGUGGCUAAAGGCAAAGCAGAAAUUGAGGCAAUGUUAAACAACCCUCAACAAUUUCUCUUGGAAUCACUUCAUCUUACUGGUUAUUCAGGUGCAUUGGCAAAUCCAUUGAUGUCUCCUGAGUUAGUGUUCGAGGAAACAAACAGAUCUGCCAUUCAAAUGUUCUACUAUGACAAUUACACUGCUGAGCGCAUGGUUUUGGCAGCAUAUGGGAUGGAUCAUGAACAACUAUUGGCUAUUGCGGAACAUCUGUUAAAUGACAUAAAGAGUGGUCAUCCUAAAGUAGUUCCAAAAACAGAUUAUGUUGGAGGGGACUUCAGGCAUAGAGUAAACUCUGAGAAAACUCAUGUGUCAUUGGCUUUUGAAGUUCCAGGAGUUUGGAUUCAAGAUAAAGAUGCAAUAGCUUUAACUGUUUUGCAGAGUCUUAUGGGUGGUGGUGGUUCAUUCUCUAUUGGUGGCCUGGGGAAAGGGAUGCAAUCUCAACUCUGUGAGUGACUGACCUAGUGGUGCUCUCAAUACUUUCUUGAGAAGGCUUUUGUUCAUUAAUCAUGUCAGUUUUUGUAUUAUCCUGCAUGUACAAAUUGCUAUACGAGUGCUUUUUGCCAAUAUUUUAGUGCAGUGAG